GUAGUACUCCCCAUGUUGCCACGUCCGCUUACCACACGCGACCUUGUAGGUGUUUUUUUCCAGGCAAUACUGCGCGUCUUUCUUACGCGAUCUGGCAACACAGAGUCAGAGUUCUAUCACGACAGUUCUGCUGCUGUAUCAGUGUGUGUGUGCAAUAGUUCGGCUGCCGUGCGGCCUUCAGCACGCAUCUGAACACCACAUAGCGUCAAUAUUUUGCUUAGUUAAAGCAUAAAUGGCUUCCGGAGCCGAGAGAGCGGAACCUGGAGACAGCGAACAGGAUGAAGAAGAUGUAUAUGAAGUGGAGAGGAUUAUUGAUAUGCGAGUGGAGGAGGGAGUGGUGCUGUACCGAGUGCGAUGGAAGAACUAUUCAUCGGACGAUGACACCUGGGAGCCUGAGGCACACUUGGACGACUGCAGGGAGGUGCUGCUUGCCUACAAGAAGGCCCUGGCUGAGAUAAAGCCAAAGAAGGAAACUGGCAUGAAGCUGCCCAUGAAGAGUGAUCUGUUCGAUGCCGAUUCUGAGAGCGACAGUGAUAAAGAAAAACACAAAGAAUCACCUAUAAAGAAGAAAAAGAAGAAGAAAAAGAAGAGAGUGGAGGAAUCAGAUGAUGAGAUGCCUGUGAAGGAAAAGAAGAAGAAAAAGGAGAGAUGGUGGGAAGAUAAGCCUCGGCCUGCCCCUGAGUCUGAUGAGGAGGAGGUGGAGAGCAGGGAUCCUUCCCCUGAACCUCCUAAAAAAGACACAAAGAAGAGGCUCAUUGAAUCUGAUGAAGAGGAUGCCCCAGUUACUCCUAAGAAACAAAAGAAACUUGACAAACAUAAAGAUAGAGGAAAGCAGAGGAAAGAGAGUGGAGAGGACGGCAAGAAAAAGAAAGUCAAGUCAAAAAAAGAGAUCGAUACUUCGGAUGAAGAGGAUGAGAAGAGCGACGUGCCCUCUGAGUCCCACACGGAUGAUACGACGAACACAGAAACAAAUGAUUCCUUUAAAACCACAACAGCAAAAACCACCGACAAAUCUGUGAGAGGUGAGAGUGGAGGUGAUCUCAAGCAGGCCAAGCAGAAAAAGGCCAAGUCUGACCUGAAGCUGCAAGGUUUCAAAGACCUGAUUCAAGAGAAGAAGCCUAAAAAAGUAGAGGUUUCAACAGCCACGUCUAAAGAAAGUGGUGCAAGCAAGCACAAGAGCUUUACUAGUAGCAAGAGCACUAGCAAGUCUUCUCGCAGCGAGGAGGAGCCCGACUCCAGUGACACGGGGGCACCUACGUCCAUACCCAAGUCGAAGGUUAAAAGCAAAGGGCAGGAAGCAGCCCCAUCUUCUCAGAAGCUCUCGUCUGCAUUUUCCUCCUCCUCAUCCUCCACAACAGCCCCCGUCAAGCCCAAAGAGCAGGAGCCGAAGGAAGAAGCUGGUGAGAAGGGAGGUGCCUCUAACUUGUUUGAGAAGUUCCUGUUGAACUGUGAAGCAAAAGAUCGGGUACCAAGGAGACAAGCGGACCAGAACAAGAAUGCAACUCCAAAGGGUGCAGGGAAAAAUGACAAGAAAUCAAAAUCGUCAAAGCAGUCUCCUGCACGGAAACCUGAUUCAGACAAGACUGAGAAGGCAAAAGAUGUGCCUCGACCUGGUCAGAGUCCCGUCUCUAUGGAGAUCGAUGAGAAACCGGAGAAGGGAGCGUCUGAGAUGGAGAAAAGUGAUAAAUCAGAUGAGCCGGCCCCCAAGUCUAAGGAGGAAUUACAACGAGAGCAGAGAGAGGAAGAGCAAAGGAAGAGGAAAGAAAAGUUGGAAGAAGAAGAGAAAAAGAGGAAAGAAAGGAUUGAAGAAGAGGAGAGAAAGAAGAAAGAGAGAAUAGAGGAAGCCCAACGGGAGAGAAAAGCACGCAUGGAGGAGGCACAGAGGCUUGCAGAGGAGGCCCGGCAAGAGCGGCUGGAAAGGAAGUCCAUGACUGAGCCAAUAGCGUCUCCUGACUCAACAGAAGACUCCAGAUGGAAGGACAAGAAGAGGAGAAAGAGGGAUGACAGUGAAUCACGGGUCUUCACCACCUGCGAUGACAAUCAGGACUCCCAGGACACCAUGGAGCGCUCAGACAAAAUUCCUGACAGGGGACCACCAUCUCUUAAUCUUGGGGUGGAGCUCAAGCUGGACUGGAUGACACUGGAGGACUUUCAGAAACACUUGAAUGGAGAGGAUGAGAAUCUCUCUCCGCUGGCCUUAACUCCCGCUGAGCUGCGAGAAGCAGUGAAGAAUGGGAAUUACCUGGCGGUAAAACGUGCGCUUAGUUCCAAAGAGGACUACAAUCUGGACCAGGAGGACUCCAGCGGCAUGUCUUUAACACUGCUGGCUGCUGCAGGCGGUCAAGAUGACGUCCUCAGGCUGCUCAUUAAGAAAGGAGUGAAGGUCAAUGCUAGACAGAAGAAUGGCACCACUGCCCUGAUGCACGCUGCUGAAAAGAAAUUCUUGACGACAGUGGCCAUUCUUCUAGAGGCGGGAGCAUCCGUAAAUGCCCAAACUCUGGCAGGAGAAACAGCUCUCAUGAAGGCUUGUAAGAGGGGUAAUGCAGAUGUGGUUCGCCUCCUGUUGGAAUAUGGAGCUGACUGCAACAUCUUGUCUAAACACAAGAGCACUGCCUUGCACUAUGCCAAACUUAGCAACAAUUUGAUGGUGUAUGAUCUCAUCAAAGACCAUAUGCAAACGUUAUCAACUGUGGCGGAGGAGACAAUCAGAGCUUAUUUUGAAACGCGACUGGCCCUGCUGGAACCUGUAUUCCCUUUGGCUUGCCACAGAUUGUGCGAGGGACCAGAUUUUUCACUGGAAUUCAACUACAAACCCCCUCAACACACACCCGCAGAAGGAUCUGGCAUCCUGCUUUUUAUCUUCCAUGCAAACUUCCUUACUGAGAUCACAGCUAGACUCUGCGGGCCCUGUAGUGUCCAUGCUGUGGUCCUGAAUGAUAAGUUUCAGCUGCCCAUCUUCUUGGACAGCCAUUUCAUAUACUCUUUCAGUCCUGUUCAGGGAACCAACAAACUGUUCAUCCGUCUGGCAGAGUCGCCCACAGCAAAGGUUAAACUGCUAAUUUGUGCAUACAGAGUCCAACUACAGUGAUGCCACAGUGCUCCCCUCCAGGUCAAAGGUCACUGCAGAAGCUCAGCCUCCCCAAGAACUGAGACUUUUACAGUUUUACACUUGACACAUGCUGAGCAGGAGAGAGUUUAGAAAUGGUUAUGUUUUACUUGGGGAAGAACUGUAGUACUGACAGCUCAGUAACAACAGUCAAAACUCAAAUACGGUUGGUUAAGUGUUGCAAGUGUUUAUUGAGUUUUCGGAAGUCUGAUUUUUGAUAGCAACUGCAUCACACAUGAAGGUCAGCAAAUGUGACAAACUGGAUUUGUAUCUGAAAGUCAUUUGUAAAUCUUGUUUGUAAAGUGUUCCUUUUAUUUUUUCCUCUUUUAAAUAGAAUAAUUUAUCACUCCA